GGGCACAGCGGCGGCGGCGGAGGCAGCAGCCGAAACAGCAGCGGACUCUAUUGUUCCCUCUCUGUGCGGACAGCAGGCAGAGGCGCGCGGGAGCGUUCGUCGCCCCGGUUACCUUUCCUGGAGGAGUAACGGAGCCCUUUGAGGGAAGGAGACAAAGCCAGCAGCAGUCCUGCGGUUGCUCCCUUUUCCUUCUUCCUCCUCUGGCAGCACAAGUGCUGGUGUCCCAUUUUGGUCCCCUUUUUUUCUCCGCUGUGGGGGUAUUACACGCCUCGGUGGAGCCAUGCGGCUAAGCGGUGGGGGUACCCUGGGAGGGACCCUCCCCUGGCUGUGCGGAGCUGUCCUGCUAAGCCUCGCCGGCUGGGACGUCCAGGCACAGACGCAGGAAGCCAAGUCUGUCUACGUCUGGCAAACAGGACCGUGGGGCCGAUGCAUGGGCAGCGAGUGCGGCCCUGGGGGCCGGCAGAGCCGGGCAGUGUGGUGCGCCCAUGUGGACGGCUGGACCACGCUGCACACCAACUGCCCGCCGGAGGGGCGACCCGACAACCAGCAGAGCUGCUUCCGCGUGUGUGACUGGCACCGCGAGCUGUACGACUGGCAGCGGGGCGACUGGAGCCGCUGCGAGCCUGUGUUGGCGCGCGCCGCCCGGGUGACGGCGGGCUGCGCGCGCGGGGAGGAGGGCAUCCAGACGCGGGAGGUGGCAUGCGUGCAGAAGGCCGAUAGCACCCCCGCCGACGACGUCAUCUGCGAGUACUUCGAACCCAAACCACGCCUGGAACAGGCCUGCCUGAUCCCCUGCCCGCGAGAUUGCGUUGUCUCUGCCUUCACGCCAUGGACUCCUUGCUCCAAGACGUGCGGGGCCGGCCUGCGUAACCGCGUGCGUGGCGUGCUCGCCCCCCCGCUCUUCGGCGGCGCGGCCUGUCCCAACCUCACAGAGUUCGAGUCUUGCCAGCUGGCCGAGUGCCAAGGCGAGGAGGCCGUCUACAGCCUGAAGGUGGGGCCCUGGAGUUCGUGCUCGCUGGCCCAGUCACGGCAGGCGCGCCAGGCCAAGCGUAGGAAGAACAAGGAGCGAAGCCGGCAGCGGACGCGGGUGAAGGACCCCGAGGCCCGCGAGCUCAUCAAGAAGAAGCGCAACCGCAAUCGGCAAAGCCGGCUGGAGGGCAGGUCUUUCGAGCUGCACGUGGGCUACCAGACGCGGGAGGUAACGUGUACACACCGGAGCGGCAUGCCCGCUGAUCUCAGCCUGUGCUCCCAGGAGACACUGCCGGUGGCCUUCCGUUCGUGCCUGGUGACCAAGGACUGCGAGGUCAGCGAUUGGUCCGAGUGGGGUCCCUGCUCCAAGAAGUGCUACGACCUGAACGGCCCCAAGGGGCAGCGCUCUCGGAGCCGGCGCGUGCUGCAGGUCGCCGUGGGUGAUGGUGCCAGCUGCCCGGAGUUGGAGGAGAUGGAGCCCUGCGUGCCCCAGGGGGACGGCGUACCACCAUGCCCUGUGUAUAGUUGGAAGACUACGGAGUGGAGCGAGUGCAGGGUGGACACGCUGCUGAGCCAGCAGGACCGGCGCCGCGGCAACCAGACGGGCCUGUGCGGGGGCGGGGUCCAAAGCAGGGAGGCGUUCUGCGUGCAGGCUGGUGUCGACACGCCCCCCCCCCUCGGCUCGAUCAAAGAAGCUUCCCGCCCUGUGGACAGCGAUUUGUGUCUGGGCCUGGUUCCGAACACGACCCAACUGUGUCACAUCGCCUGUCCCGUUGAAUGUGAGGUAUCCGGGUGGACCGCCUGGGGUCCCUGUACCUUUGAGAGCUGCCAGGACCAAGCUGGGAAGAAGGGUUUCAAGCUGAGGAAGCGGCAGAUUGUCAACGAGCCCACGGGUGGGACGGGGAACUGCCCCCACCUGACGGAGGCUAUACCUUGCGAAGAGCCCAGCUGCUAUGAGUGGCUGGUGGUGAAGCUGGAGGGGUGUAUCCCCGACAAUGAGAAGGCGUGUGGGCCCGGGACGCAGCUCACGCAGGUCCAGUGCGUCGACAGCGACGGAGAACCAGCAGAAAGGAAGCACUGCAUGGAUGCCAUUCUGCCCAUGCCCGUGAUGUGUGACGUCCCGUGUCCCAAGGACUGCGCGCUCAGCCCCUGGACGGCCUGGUCCCCGUGCUCGCAUACCUGCUCUGGGAAAACGACAGAGGGUCGGCAGGCCAGAGCCAGAUCCAUCCUGGCUUACAAUGCCGGGGAAGGUGGAGCAGCGUGUCCCAAUAGCAGCGCCCUGCAGGAGGUACGGAGCUGCAACGAGCACCCAUGCACCGUGUACCACUGGCAGACGGGCCCCUGGGGCCCCUGCAUCGAAGACUCCUCGGUGUCCUCGCUCAACACCACCAGCCGUAGCCGUGAAACCUCCUGCUCCAUCGGCAUGCAGACGCGCAAGGUCAUCUGUGUGCGGGUCAACGUGGGGCAGGUGCCACCCAAGAAGUGUCCUGAGAGCCUCCGGCCUGAGACGGUGAGGCCAUGUCUGCUCCCGUGUAAGAGGGACUGUGUGGUCACUCCCUACAGCGAGUGGACAGCCUGCCCAUCCUCCUGCCAAGCAGGAGGCAGCCUGAAGAGGAAGCAGUCUCGCAAACGCAUCACCCUGCAGCUGCCCGCCAAUGGAGGUCAAGACUGUCCUGAGGUGCUGUACCAGGAGCGGGACUGUGAGACACCGUCUGUGUGCCCCGGCUACAGGUGGAAGACCCACAAGUGGAGACGAUGCCAGUUGGUGCCAUGGCAAAUCCGCCAGGACAGCCCGGGUGCCCAGGAGACCUGCGGACCUGGCCUGCAGAUACGAGCUGUCUCUUGUAGGAAGCAAGAUGGUGGGCAGGUGGACAUCGGUGAGUGCCUGAGGUUCUCCAGUCCCAUGCCACCCAUCACCCAGCCCUGCCAGGUCCCAUGCCAGGACGACUGCCAGCUCAUCAGCUGGUCCAAGUUCUCGCCCUGCUCCGCCGACUGUGGCGGCGUCAGGACCCGGAAGAGGGCACUCGUUGGGAAGAGCAAGAAGAAAGACCAGUGCAGGAACACACAGCUGUACCCCCUGAGUGAGACGCAGUACUGCCCCUGUGAUAAGUACAACGCACAGCCCGUGGGGAACUGGUCUGACUGCGUCCUGCCUGAGAGCGGCCGUGUGGAGGGUAUCCUGGGCAUGAAGGUCCAGGGGGACAUCAAAGAGUGCGGCCAGGGCCACCGCUACCAGGCCAUGGCCUGCUAUGACCAGAACAGCCGGCUGGUGGAGACGUCCCGCUGCAACAGUCAUGGCUACAUCGAGGAGGCCUGCAUCAUCCCCUGCCCGUCCGACUGCAAGCUGAGCGCGUGGUCCAGCUGGUCCCGCUGCAGCAAGUCGUGUGGCAGCGGGGUCAAGGUGCGGUCCAAGUGGCUCAGGGAGAAGCCGUAUAACGGCGGCCGGCCCUGCCCCAAACUGGACCACGUCAACCAGGCCCAGGUAUACGAGGUGGUGCCAUGCGUCAGCGAUUGCAGCCAGUACAUCUGGGUAGCUGAGCCAUGGAGCGUCUGGAAGGUCAGCAACGUGGACCUGAAGGAGAACUGUGGCGAGGGCGUGCAGACCAGGAAAGUCCGGUGCAUGCUGAACACCAUCGAUGGGCCGGCGGACCCUGUGGAGGACUACCUGUGUGACCCGGAGGAGAUGCCGCUGGGGGCGCGGGAGAGCCGCCUCCCAUGCCCGGAGGACUGCGUGCUCUCCGACUGGGAGGCCUGGAGUCGCUGCACCUUGCCGUGCAGUGGGAGGGGCACGAGGGAGAGGACGGCGUACCCGCUCCGCAUGCCUGGGCCCGGGAGACAGUGUCCAAGCCACACGGAGAAGGAGACCUGCAUGCUGAACCAGAACUGCUACCACUACUCCUACAACAUCACAGACUGGAGCACGUGUCAGCUGAGCGAGAAGGCGGUGUGCGGGGCCGGGGUCCGGACACGCAUGCUGGACUGCGUGCGCAGCGACGGCAAGUCUGUCGACCUCAAGUACUGCGAGGAGCUGGGCCUGGAGAAGAAGUGGCAGCUGAACGCGUCCUGUACAGUGGAGUGUCCCAUCAACUGCCAGCUUUCUGAUUGGUCGGCAUGGUCCGGCUGCUCGCACACAUGCGGACUCUCAGGGAAGAUGUGGAGGAGGAGGACUGUGACCCAGGCAUCCCAGGGGGACGGGCGGCCAUGUCCCCCGCAACUAGAACAGUGGAAGCCCUGUCCUGUCAGGCCGUGCUACAGGUGGCGCUACAGUCCCUGGUCAGAGUGCAGGGCUGAGGAUGCCAAGUGUGGGACGGGCCUGCGAUGGCGCAACGUGACGUGCUUCGUGACGGACGGCUCAGGGGAGGGGGACGGCAGUGCGGUGGACGAGGAGCUGUGUGGAGACGUGGAGCUGUCAGUGGACGGAGACAAGCAGGUCAUCCUGGAAGAGGCGUGCACAGUGCCCUGCCCAGGGGACUGCUACCUGACGGACUGGACCCCAUGGAGCCCAUGCCAGCUGAGCUGUGUGAACGGGGCGGACCUGGGGCUCGGCUCGCUCCAGGUCCGCUCGCGGGCCGUCAUCACCCAGGAGCCAGAGAACCUGCUGCAGUGUCCGGAGCAGGACUGGGAGUCCCGGCCGUGCACAGACGGCAGGUGCUAUGACUACAGGUGGAUGACGAGUGCAUGGAGGGGAUCAGCGCGGCAAGUCUGGUGCCAGCGCUCCGACGGACUGAACGUCACAGGCGGGUGUCCCCAUCUCACCCAACCGGCCUCUGACAGGUCAUGUGACCCAGCUUGUGACAAGCCUCGGUCCUUCUGCACUGAGGCUGGGGUGUGUGGAUGCGAGGAGGGUUACACAGAGGUCAUGACAUCGGACGGAGUACUUGACCAGUGCACGCUGAUCCCGGUGCUGGAGAUUCCCACAGUGGGCGACACCAAAGCCGACGUGAAGACCAUCCGGGCCGUCAGUCCCACCCAGCCCUCCAUCGGUCACCCAGGCCGAUCCGGUCGCGCCUGGUUCCUGCAGCCCUUUGGAGCUGAUGGCCGCCUGAAAACAUGGGUGUACGGCGUGGCAGCGGGGGUGCUGGUGCUACUCAUCUUCAUUAUCUCCAUGACAUACCUAGCUUGCAAAAAGCCAAAGAAACCUCAGCGAAGACAAAACAACCGACUGAAGCCGCUGACCCUGGCAUACGAUGGGGACGCGGACAUGUAGGCGCAGCCCCCCAGCAUGACACAGAUGCCACACGUGGAGUCCGAGGUCGCCCCGGGGCACAGCGGGGGGCAGCCGGGCUUUUGGCUGUGACCCUCGCAACACGUGACGCCUGAAAACGUGAAUUCGGUUUGACGCGAGACAGAGGACGGGAACGGAAACCGCUUUGAAGCCGCUUUGCAGACGCGUCGACCUAGAGCCAGUCCUUGUAGCUGUAGCUUACACUCCUUCCUAUCCUUCCGAGUCCUCCGUUCACAGGAGUCUGCAGGAACUCUACAGACUAAAAGGAAAUUCGCCUCUUCUUUUCUGUUUACUACUUUCUAUGAAGCAAACUGUUCUCCAAAAUACGUGAAGCGUGGACUUUUUGUGGUGCGCCGAGACGGAAGAGAGGUGGGGAAGCUCCGCCCAUAAAGAAAAGUGGGCGUGGCUUAUGGCCUCCUGACUCCACCCCGUCGACCCAAGGCAGCCGCAGUCCUGCAAGGCGCAGAUGUACAAACAUCACAGACACGCUACAGAGCCUCUCACCCACCCCCCCAACUUCCCUCUUCACCUUCAGGCACGAUUUUGCACUAUAUUAGUGCAGCAUGAUAUGUAUUUAUAUCUAGCAUCGCCAGAGCAAGCUGCCUCUUACCAGAUGGUGUACAGAGUUGUCCUAGAGGAAGCUUAGACAUGGGAGAUACCAUCCUGGUGUUACCACUUUGUCCUUAAGAGUAGCUUUUGGUUACAUUUCGUAGCAGAAUAGGAAGUAGUUGUGUUUCAUUUGUAUUUAAAUAUUUCGUUUGACAUAAGGGCAGUUUUUGUAAGGUCCCUUGACCAUUGGUUGUCUGUACAGUUGAUUUAAUAAUGUGUCUUUAACUCCCGCCUGACUGACUCUGCAUUUGCCAUCUCCAUGGCUUCCCAUACCAUGAUGCCAGCUGGCCAUUGCCUGUUUCCCAUGAUGCAUGGGGCAGGGCCGGGGGUGAGGACCAGUUCGGUCUGCCUCUGCUUGUCUCAUGAAGCAUCGCCCAACCCCCUGUCCCCCCCCCCGGAAUUUGCUGGCAAUGCCCUAGAGCGUCCCCCCAGGCCUUACUGUCGGACCCGAGAGGAGGCCUGGCAGUCAGAGCCGGCUUCCAGGGCGAGAUCCGUCUCUGGGAACCCCGGCCCUCGUCACCAUGCCCAUUUGCUUUUUUUUACAUGCAGAAUUUUGUUCUUUGCAUUUUUGCUGUUUAAGAGAUAUUCAGUUAUCAGAGAUGGCUUUUAUUUUAAAAGGGUGGUGAGAAGAGAAGGAAGGACCAGCAUGAAAAGUAACAGAAAGCCGCCUGAUCUGAAGCUGUUAGCUGCAAUUAUUAUUUUUAAUCUUUUGCAGGUACGUGGUUUGGUGUUUUUCUUACUCAGGAUCAGUGGGCAUGUAAUACCCGAUCUCACCAGAAGGAGACACUGUGGGGCGCGCGAGGGUCACGCUGGCAGUUUGCAGCAGCUUGUUGGUUUCAGAAGUAUGUAAAAUGUACCAAUUACUGUAUCCCUCCCCCCACCUGAACUGAAACGGUUUAAAGUCAGUCUACCUGUUUAAUUACCCCUAAUUUAUUCCCCUGACAGGCUAAAGGAACUAAACUUUGCUUUAUAUGUUGCUGACAUGUUCUGAGGGAAAUGUCAAACGUAUUAAAACAUUAAACACUGUUUCUGUGUAUUAAUCCACAAAGAAAACAAAUUAAAAAAUUAAAAUAAUUUGGUGUUUAUUUAAAGUCCACUGAGGUCUUCCUCCUUUGAAAAUCAGACAUUCACGAGCUUGAACGUCGACAGAAAUUGGUUUGACCUGCAAGGCAGAAAACCCACAAACGUCAAGAUAUUUUGUUGUUGCUGUUCUUAAUAAUUUAUGUUGUAAAUAACUGCCAGCUUUUUAUUUUUAAAUUAUAUUCAUGCACAGUUCUCAUUUUUAUCGCACAGAAACUUUCAUUACAGGCGUCUUAAAAUGUUUGUAAAAAAUGUCAGUCCUCGUUUGAAUGAUUCGGAUUCCAUGUGGAGGAGAUCCUGGAUUGUCAUUUUCCUACAGGUUGUUUGUAUAUGUAUCUGACCAAUUGUUAAUAAAUGCUGACA